UCCUUAUUGUUUUAUAUCAUUUCAAACAAAUACGGUUUUUGGAUAUCAGCUUUCAUAACUGUCAAAGAUGUGAACUAUCAAAUAUAUUAUGUGAAUCUUAGUUUUAAGUUUUCAGUGCGUUUUGUAUAAUCGACAGGGAGAUAUUGAUCGGCCGGCUGAUUGGAAUUCAUUAUUUAUUUCACACAGUUUUACAUGAAAUUAUUUCGUUUCAGGCUACCAUGUGAUGAACUAGAGACUCAACUAUGUGGUUUGAUGGCAGCUUGUGUUUUUGCUGGGUCAUCAUUAACGUGAUCGUGCAGAGUGUAUACAGCAUUCAUCACAUUGAUAAUUGUUCCCUGUUACCAUCAGAGCUUGGACCGGACUGGUACAAAGUACCACAACCUGUACCACCAAGCAACAAUGGAAAACCAGCCUAUGAGCCAAACUUUAUACAUAUGCCGUGUGCACAGACAACCGUGUUUGACAUUGGUGUCUGUGGAUGUACAAAUCUUAUGUCGUUUAUAUUUACAUCAGUCAAUAGAAAGAAAAGAAUCCAUAACACGAUUAAUAGUAGGAGCAAAGUAGACCCACGUGAUAUAGUGAAACGCGUUGAACCAUCAACAACUCCAAGACCACUCGCUGCAAGUCUGCUAAUAAAUACACGCACUGGGGAAGUGAAAGAAUGUCCUUUCCGGGCCUCAUCACGUGGACCAAUGUGGUAUUUAAUUCGAGAACCAAGAGAUAAUUGGAGGCAUAUGAAGUGUGCUGCUGGAACGUUGUUUGAGAAAACAAGUUGUACUUGCGUACAUAAACUCGUGGACUCAAGAGAUCCCGAAAAACCAGAAGAUGCUAACAUUAUCAUUAUAGAAGAUGAUUUCAGAGGAUUUGCUUCCGACAAUACCAUCAGUCAAAGUUUGGGUAUUUCAGUAUCCGAUAUAGAUUUCUCCGCUAAUCAGCGGGCUGAAGAAAUUCCCUACUGGAGGAGAACCGAUAUUCAUAAUUCAAAAGUCAAAAAGCAGAAAAAGAAGCCUAAAGUCAAAAAAUCUGAUGUAAGGGUAAUACUGCAUGACCAUGGCAACAUCACUGGACAAGCUGUUGAAGAUCCGACCAGUCUUGGUAUCGGUAAAGAUCAAAUAUCUGAUGCACAUAAGAGUUUAUUCCUAAGAGGAAGCAGAGGUGGUCUCCCAUCUCAUUCCAGAACGAAGAUCUCGCCUCUUGUGUUAGAUUCCAAUGUCCAAAAUGAGCCCCAUAGGGAUAACAAUGGACACUCAAAUGGUGCUCAUGACUCGCUUAUUAUACGUACAAAACCAGUCAAAAAGAAGAAACAAAAUACCGAGAGUUUAAGGAAAGUUGCAGUGGACCCUGAUAAUAUUCUAAAUGUUUUGAAUGAAAUAAGUACAAAAAUCGAUGCGCUUAAAGAUGCGGAUAAAGUUAUCGAUCCUGAUAAACGACAUGGGACAGCAGCUUCCUCGGUAAAUGGACCAUUUAAUGAGAAAUAUCAUGCUAAAGAACAAUGUCAAAAAGAGCCCCUGGAGACGCUAGGUCCGCAAUAUUUUCUGUUGCACGUGAGAGGUCUAGGUAACAUACCGUUUACAUGUCAUGGUAAUACAGUGUACGAUCACAGUUUGUGUGCCUGCAAACCAGCUAUAGCUGAUACCGCAUAUGACGAGGUCAAAUUUCCAGUUAAAGACUGUACUAAGCGGGCACUACCUGCAUUAGGACCACAAUUUUUCUUGGAACAUCUGAUUGGAGUUGGAUAUAUUCCAUAUGUUUGUCACGGGCAAAGAAUCUAUGACCACAAUUUAUGUGCAUGUAUUUAGAGAAAAAUGAAAAAUAGAGUAGACCAUGUUUCUAUCGCCUUAAAUUGAUCUGUAAGAUAAUAUAAACAAGUACUGUAUAUAUUAUGUUUAGUGUUUUAUGAUUUUCCGAAUACUAGUCUUUUGUUUAUACUAAGUUCAAAUAAUUUGAAUGAACAGACAUGAGUAUGCAAAAAAAUACAUGCGAAAAUUGACUAGUGUAAAUAUAUAAUUGCUACGAUGAUGUGAUUGUUUCAAGAAAGUCUGGCAAAUUACGUUUUAUAUGAGUAUUUAACCGCAGUGAUAAAUUUAAACCCAUUAUUAUAGAAAUAAUUAGUUAUUAAAAGUGUUUUAUUUCUU